CCCCCUGAUCUCUCUGUCCAUUGGCGUCUUCGGGGUCCCUUUCUUUUUUCAUACCGAGCCCAUAAUGACUGUCCAUUGGUGUUAUUAUUCCGUCUCCCCCUCCUACUCCUCAGCUUCGCCCUGCCCAUGUUUUGUAUGUCUAUGUCCAUCCAUCGCCUGACGUUCAAGUUCGUAGGAACGUCACGUCCGCACUUGAACUUGCAGCUCAGGGGGGCUUUGCUCAUACCCCAUCCUUCUCUUCGCAAAAAAAGUCAUGAAGACUGCCGCACAGCCCGUGCCGCGCGCGUCAUCUUGGUGUGAUCUAUAAUUCAUUUUUUGUGGAUGUCAAACGCAUCGAUGAAGAUAUUUUCUCUGGAGUCUAUUACAGUGUGACGGCUCUACCAAUGUGAACUAAGCUGAAAGCCACCACUAACCAACAUGUCUCGCCGCAAGCAAGGCAAACCCCAGCACUUGAGCAAACGGGAGUUUUCGCCUGAGCCCCUGUCUGCCGUUCUUCCCCGAGACGAGUACCACGAGGGCCACCCCAGGCUGGGCCGGCACGCCAAUGACAGGUCCCCCCCGAAGGGGGACCAAGACCUGCUCACCUGUGGCCAGUGUCACUCCCUCUUCCCGCUGGCCCACAUCCUGCUCUUCAUCGAGCACAAGCGGCGCCAGUGCCGCGGCGGACCCUGUACGGACAAGCAUUUAGACGGCGGUCACAGGCGGCCGCCGUCCGACCCCCUGGCCUUGCCCCGUCCCGCAUCGGCCACACGCCGAGACAAACAGCCGUUCAGUCUCUCUGUGGAGGUGGCCGUACAGGCGUCGGCGCGUGAUGGCGGCGAGGAUUGUUUAUCGACGCCCACACACGGAAUUAUCCCCAAGCAGGAGAACAUCACAGAUACCGACGAGCCCAGCAGCUACACGUGUACGACCUGCAAGCAGCCAUUCAGCAGCGCCUGGUUCCUCCUCCAGCAUGCCCAGAACAACCACGGCCUCCGCAUCUACCUGGAGAGCGAACCCGGCAGCCCCCUCGCCCCUCGGUUAGCUGCCCUACCCGGGCUGGGGGGAGACUGCACCUCCCAGCCCCCCCUCCACGGCGUCCACCUGGCCGACGGGAGCCCCUACAGCCUGCUGAGGAUGCCCGGAUCCGGGUCGGGACGGGAGGGUGCCGCCUCGGCGCCCCGCGACGGCCGUUAUCCCCGGACCCCUCCGCUGUUCAGCCCGCCUCCCCGGCACCACCUGAGCCCGGACGACCUGGCGCUGGCCGCCCACCACCCGAGCGCCUUUGAGAGGGUGAUGCGCCUGAACUCCGCGCCCCUGGACCCACCCCCCGCCAUGGACUUCUCCAGGAGACUGCGGGAGUUGGCUGGCAAUCCUACGGCGGCCUCGCCGCCCCUGUCGCCCAACAGGCCCAGCCCCGUCCAGCGGCUGCUCCAGCCCUUCCAGCCGGGCUCCAAGCCCCCCUUCUCGGCCACGCCUCCCCUCUCCACCUCCCAGUCGCCCCUGGCCGGCUCCCGCUCCACCCCCAACCCGGCGCAGCCCGCCACGCCACUCAAGGCCAAGUCGUGCGAGUUCUGCGGGAAAUCCUUCAAGUUCCAGAGCAAUCUGAUUGUGCACCGGCGGAGCCACACCGGGGAGAAGCCGUACAAGUGUCACCUGUGCAACCACGCCUGCACCCAGGCCAGCAAGCUGAAGCGUCACAUGAAGACUCACUCCCAGAAGAACUCGCUCAACGCCAAGUCGGAGGACGGCCUGUCCAUCGCCAGCUCCCCCGAGCCGGGCACCAGUGACCUGCUGGGCAGUGCCACCAACGCGCUCAAGUCCGUGGUGGCCAAGUUCAAGAGCGAGAACAACGGGCUACUUGAGAAUGGCGAGGAAGAGGAAGAGGAGGACGACGAAGAGGAAGAGGGAGAGGAGGAAGAGGAGGAGGAGGACGAGGAGGAGGAAGAAGGAGAGGAGGGCGAGGAAGAGAUGGAGUCCGAGGAAAGCGGUAAGAACGAUUACCGUUUCAGCCUGAGGUUGGAAGGGGCCCGGCACCACCAAAACAGCGAGGCCCUUCACCCGCACUCCCACCCCCACCGAUGGAGCACCCCGCAGGACCCAUGCGACGACGACUCGGCCCUCGAGUCGGACCGGGCCGACAAGAUCUGCGGCACGACACCGACGUCCAAUGGCCUGGGCGCUCUUUCCAACGAGGCCCUCGCUAGGAAGCUGCUGACAGGCAGCCCAGGCUCCCUCAGCCCCCUGGCCAAGCGAAUCAAGGUGGAGAAAGACUUGGACCCCCCCACGCCCACCAUCCCCAACACUGACAACGUCUAUUCCCAGUGGCUGGCUGGCUAUGCCGCCUCUAGACAACUCAAGGACCCCUUCCUAAGCUUCGGAGGGGACUCCACCAGACAAUCGCCCUUCGCCACGUCCUCGGAACACUCCUCGGAGAACGGCAGCCUGCGCUACUCGACCCCUCCCGGGGAGCCGGAUGGCGGCUGCGGCGCGUCGGGCCGGAGCGGGACAGGCAGCGGCGCCAGCACCCCGCACCUGUCGGGGGGCGGCGGCCGUCCGGGCUCCAAGGACGGCAGCAGGCGGAGCGACACGUGCGAGUUCUGCGGCAAGGUGUUCAAGAACUGCAGCAACCUGACGGUGCACCGGCGCAGCCACACGGGCGAGCGGCCCUACCGGUGUGACCUGUGCAGCUACGCCUGCGCCCAGAGCUCCAAGCUCACCCGCCACAUGAAGACCCACGGCCAGAUGGGCAAGGACGUGUACAAAUGUGAAAUCUGCCACAUGCCUUUCAGUGUCUACAGCACCCUGGAGAAACACAUGAAGAAGUGGCAUGGCGAUCGACCCAUGCCGACAACCCCGGAAAUCAAGAUUGAGUAGAGGAGGUGGGGACGCCCCCCCCCCCUCCUCCCCCCCGCGCGCGUGAUUCGCUGGAUACCGGCUGAGGGCGGGGAGACUGUGACUGGCAGGGGUUUGAUGCCAGUUAGGAACCCUGUGCCGUCGAUAAAGACGAAUGCAUGAUCCCUAUUUGGGGCGAUACUAUUGCACCGGACGCAAAACUUUUGAGCCUUUCUAUUGUGCAAUAAUUUACAUGUUUUGUACUUUUUGUAACUGAACGGCAUGCUCUGUGUGUUUUGGAUACUUUGAGAAGAUUGUCCUUGAUUGGUUGGUUGUAACUGUGUUGCUGUCGGUUGGUACUUUUUCACAACAAAAAAAGAAGAAACAAACCCAUGCUGCAUCCACACCGUUUCACAUAUCAUGUACAGUUCAGUGUUUGAAACGUGGUGACAGUAGUGCAUUGUCCAAACCCUUGAGUACGAAAAGCAGGGUCACAUUUAACAGGUCUUUCUAAAAGAUUUUCUGUCCAUACUGGGUUCCAAUAUAAAUUGAGUUUGCCUAGGAAACGGUAGGCGCUUAGCUACAUCAGUUUGUUUCUUUUAGAAGGUAUAUCGAUGAUCAAUUCUAAAUUAGCUGUUAUCGGUUGAAGAAACUAAAAAAAGAGUGCCUUGGAAUAUUUUACCUGCAUUAGUUAAUCCUCCUUUUUUGCUGUAAGCUCUGAGAUUCAGCUACCAACAAUAGCUACGUGUUUAACAGAAGAAGAAAAAACAGGUUCUUGCAUCAAGUACCUGACAAAUAUGACAUCAUCCUCUGUGACCUAGUGGGAACCAGUUGAAAAAUUUUUAUAUAUCUCUGGUAAAUUGUCUGCCUGACUCAUUGUAUGAUAUAAUCCAGAUUCUCAUUCUGUUUACUGGCAUGUUAUGUGCUAUUGGGGGACUGGGUGGCAUUCAUACAGUACAAUAGGGUUUUAUUUGUGUUCUGCUUGGUACCGUACAUAUUCAUUUAAUAAUGGGUUGGUAUAACUCUACACAUGUAAGCUCUUAAUGUGUUAGAGUAUUUUUUUUUUUUUUUUUUAGAUGCAAUGGUAAAAAAAAAAAAAAUGUGUU